CACCACUCAUUUAGAUAGCAUGCAUCCAAAUCCAUAUUCUCCUUUCUACCAAAAAAAAAUUGAAAAAACAAUCUAGCAAUGUGAAAAAAGCCAAGAUACAUUCUUCCUCUAAGUUCCAUGGCCAAGAAUCUAUCAGAAUAAUCAUACAUUCCAUUUUUCAGACUCAAGUUAUCAGUUUAUCCUGCUGUGGAUAGUCAUGACUUCUUCUUACUGCCUUUCUUCGACUCGAAACACUGUCAAGCCAAGAGCUUUCUUGAUCCACAGCUCUCAUUUUGAUCAGUCCAAGUACAGACCACCGUUCUUUUCUCUGAGUCUGAAAAAAGAUCAUAAAAAGUUAUUGUCUUCAAGACUCUAUUUCCCUACUUUGAGUGCAGAGAAUUAUGAUCUUACGCGGCCUUUUGCUUCUUUAUCAUCUUUUGCUGAAGCUGAUGGGGAGGAAAACAGUGAAAAGAUCCAUGCUUUGAGUGAACAUCAAGAAAAUGAGAAACAGCAAGAGGAAUUGCAAGGGAUGGCACAGGCCUUUAACAUACCUUCUAGUACAGCUACUGCUAUUUCGAUAUGCAUAGCUCUGGCAGCUCUUUGCUUCCCAUAUUUUAUGAACUCUUUAGGGCAGGGGAUGAGUUUGAAGACGAAGCUUUUGUCGUAUGGGACUUUGUUGUUUGGAUUUUAUAUGGCUUGGAAUAUUGGAGCCAAUGAUGUGGCUAAUGCCAUGGGGACUUCUGUGGGUUCAGGGGCUUUGACUCUAAGGCAGGCAGUGGUAACUGCUGCAGUUCUGGAGUUUUCGGGGGCCCUUUUGAUGGGAAAACAUGUAACUGGUACAAUACAGAAGGGAAUUCUUGUUGCUGAUGUUUUUCAAGGAAAGGAUACUUUGCUUUUGGCUGGUUUACUUUCUUCUUUGGCUGCUGCUGGUACUUGGCUACAGGUUGCAUCGUAUUAUGGUUUGCCUGUCUCAACCACUCACUGUAUAAUAGGAUCAAUGGUUGGCUUUGGUCUUAUCUAUGGGGGACGUGAUGCUGUAUUUUGGGGUUCAUUGGCAAGGGUGACUUCGUCGUGGCUCAUCUCACCUGUGACCGGAGCAGCAGUAUCAUUUCUUGUCUACAAAUGCAUCCGUAGGUUUGUUUACAGUGCUCCAAAUCCGGGACAAGCAGCUGCUGCUGCAGCACCAAUUGGGGUUUUCAUCGGUGUUACUGGAAUCUCUUUUAUAGCCUUUCCUCUAAGCAAAAUACUCUCUGUAGCUAUUGUCCAAGCUUUAGCACUGGGCACUGUUGGAGCUUUCCUCUUUGACAGAAUUAUCCGUAAACAGCUUGGUCACCUACUUGUAAAGUCGGUUUCAGCACAAUCAGAUCCAAAGGAGGACACCAUUCACCAGAAAAACAUUGGCUUACUUGCUGAAGUUGCAGGUCCAAAAGGCACUCAGCUAGAAAUAGUUUAUAAAGUCUUUGGAUACAUGCAAGUCCUAUCAGCAUGUUUCAUGUCAUUUGCUCAUGGUGGAAACGACGUGGCUAAUGCAAUAGGUCCAUUAGCCGGGGCAUUGUCUAUACUACAAGGCGGUACAAGUGGAGGUGAACUUAUUAUUCCAAUAGAUGUUAUUGCAUGGGGCGGAUUUGGGAUUGUGGCAGGGCUUAUGAUGUGGGGAUAUAGAGUGAUCGCCACAAUUGGGAAUAAGAUAACAGAACUAACUCCAACUAGAGGCUUUGCUGCUGAAUUUGCAGCCGCCUCUGUGGUUAUGUUUGCAUCGAAUCUUGGACUACCUAUCUCAGCAACUCACACUCUGGUUGGUGCAGUCAUGGGGGUGGGAUUUGCUAGGGGACUUAACAGCGUAAGAGCAGAAACCGUGAAAGAGAUUGUGACUUCCUGGGCAGUAACAAUUCCAGUUGGUGCUGUGCUAGCCAUCGUGUAUACAUGGAUCUUGAACAGGCUUUUAUCAUAUGUUCUGUGACUGUGAGUGUACAUAUUCAACAAAGUUAAAAGUUAUCAAUGCUUUAUGAUUUAUAUCGCUGAAAUUUUUUGAUUGA